UUUUUCUGUACUGGCAUACGUGUCGGAGUUGGCUGUAAACGAAUUAGAAAAUAGGAAGUUUUUACAAAAUUUUACUAGAAUUUCGAACUGAAAUAAGUGUAAGUCAUGGUUAAGAAUUUAAUCACCGCAGCGGUGCUUUUUUGCGCGCUUCAAACCACCUUUGGGCUAUACUUCCACAUUGCGGAAACAGAACGCAAAUGCUUUAUUGAGGAGGUGCCUGAUGAGACCACGGUCAUCGUAAAUUACAAAGUAGAACUGUACGAUCCUCGUUCAAAUGGUUUUAUGCCUUCGUCGCCCGGCAUUGGUAUGCAUGUGGAAGUGCGUGACAGCGACGAUAAAGUCAUACUCUCACGCGUCUAUAGUUCCGAGGGACGCAUCUCUUUCACUUCACAUAUACCAGGUGAACACGUAAUAUGUAUGUACUCCAACAGUACAGCUUGGUUUAGUGGCGCACAAUUGCGUAUACAUCUUGACAUUCAAGUGGGAGAACAUGCCAUCGAUUACGCUAAUGUAGCGCAGAAGGAGAAAUUGACUGAAUUACAAUUACGCAUACGUCAAUUACUUGAUCAAGUAGAGCAAAUCACAAAGGAGCAGAACUAUCAGCGCUAUCGUGAGGAACGUUUCCGUCACACAAGUGAAAGUACCAAUGCGCGCGUUUUAUGGUGGUCAAUGUCGCAAACAUUUGUUUUGAUCGUUAUGGGUUUUUGGCAGAUGCGACAUUUGAAGAGCUUCUUCGAAGCGAAGAAAUUAGUGUAAAUAUGCACAACGAAAUUACGCAGGCGGUGCAGGAUCAAUACUUAGGGUGGGAAAAGCAAAUUUCGAAAACAACAACGCGUGGAUUGUUUAGUUACAGCAACAGCAAACAUUUCGUGUGCCUGCGAAAAAUAAGUGAGAUUCUACUUCAGCCAAAUUCAUCAGUUUCAUUGUUUCACUAUCUCAAAUGCUUAUGAAUUCAAGUUUUAAUAAUAGCACAGUUCGUUAGUCAAACGUUUACAUUAAAAUUGCGUUAUUUUAUUAAAUAGCGAAUUUGUUCUGAAUAACCACAAAACUAUAUGUGAGCUCUAUAUUUUUCUGUUUCAUGAUCAGUAGUAAUAAAAAUAAAAUUAAAUUAA